AUGGCGUCGUCUUCCAACAACACUGCUGGCGCGAACAAUCAGAAAAACAAGGAACCGAUUGUCCGAGCCAUUACACUCCAUGCUGUGCUUAGAUUGCAGCCAAUGUUGGAACAACUCAAGGAGGGUUUGCAGCUGUAUGGCCUCCACCUGCUGAUUAAGCAAUACCCAGAAAUCUGCCAGCCUCUCUUCGUCCUUGGGGGAGAUGUGAAAGUUAAUGCCGAGUUUGUCAUGGCGUCCAUUCACCCUCAGCUGAGUGAGAAGGGAACCUCCAAGCAUCAGGUUGAGCUGGACCUGGUUAACUUCAUUCAGGACUUGCUUUAUGAGUCAGAAGAAGGUCAAGAACAUGUAGCUGACGAAGAUGGCCCAAGAUCUAUCACACCUGCCAGGUUUCUGCAAUGGAUCACCGGUCAAGGCCAUGUUCCUCUCCUCCCCUCAGAAAAGAAGGACUUUGCUGUGGUGGUAAAAUUUAAUCACAAUUGUGAAGCUGACUUUGGAAAUCACAGCAUCUGCUAUCCUGUUGUGUCAUCCUGUGCUAAGACCAUUGUCCUGCCUGUGAAACAUAUGAAGUCCUAUAGUCAAUUCAGAAUGGUUCUGCUGGAGGCUUUUCAUCUUGGCCAGGAAUUUAACAAUGUGUAA